AUGGCUCCCGAGCCGCCCACGAAAUGCUCCACCUGCGGCGAUCCGGCUACGAACAAGUGCGGUGCUUGUAAGACGGCUUACUACUGCACAAAAGACUGCCAGAACAAAGACUGGUCUAAGCACAAGGUCCACUGCAAGGACCCUUUCGAGAAGCCGCUCGCUCUUGCGGCCGAUCUUAUCCAGGCAGCGUGGCUUAACUUCCGCGAGAACACAUGGGACACGCCCAUCGAACGCGUCGAAGUCAAAGAAGAUGAGCUUAUCACGUACGAUGGAGACCAGUGGGCAAAGAGUGGCCAGUUCGUCAAAUUCCCGAAUGAUCUUAUGCCAAAUGAUAGCGUCAAGGCUGGCGUGCUAUGCAACAUGAUGUGCAACGAGCCGCUUGCAUAUCUGUAUAACUUCAUCUCAAUACUCAUCUCGGCACUCCCCAUUGAGAUACACGAAGUCGCUGUCAAGUUGAAGAAGCCUCCUCGCAAGAACACGGCUGUCCACCCCGGUGGAUUUCGUCAACCCAACUGGCCAGACUACUCACAUUUCCUUCUCCGUCUGACCUCCAAGAAGAGCGGCAAAAUGUGGUAUAUCGAUAUCACCGGUGGACAGUACGGCUUAUGCCAAUCUUUCUGGAGAGUCAAGGAGUUUGACCAACGAUACGUGGAUACUAUUCAAGGUGUCAGCCUGUUUGGCAAGAACAAAGCGUACAUCAAGGCAUGCUCCAAGGCGAACGCCACUAUGCACCUCAUCUAUGGUAGCAGUUUAGACGCUGCAGCCGUCCUUGAUCAAGCUAUGCAUCGUUGGAUCAAGGAAAAUGGCAUCACUUGCUAUGGGAUCAUCUCAGCAAACGAAAUGGAGCAUAGUAUUCAUAAGGAGAAGCUUCUGAGUACCCUUGAUACAGCUCUCAAAGAAUUCGUGGCCAAGGCAGACUACAGCAACGACAUCCGAGCGGCAAGGCAGGGACCAGGUGACACACCUUGUUUCUAUGCCUCAAGUAGUCCCCCUCGUCCUUCCGCAGAAUGCUAG